CCCGCCCGCGCCGCCCUGCCUCGGGGGGGCGGGCCCAGCGCGCAGCCCUUCCUGUCGGCGGCGGUUGUGCGCGGUCGCGGCGCCGAGGGCACCGGUUCGGGGUCGCCAUGAAUAAUCCUAUACCUUCCAAUUUGAAAUCGGAAGCAAAAAAGGCUGCUAAAAUUCUAAGAGAAUUCACGGAAAUAACUUCCAGAAACGGACCUGAUAAGAUCAUUCCUGCCCACGUCAUCGCCAAAGCCAAGGGCCUUGCGAUUUUGUCGGUGAUAAAAGCUGGAUUUCUAGUAACUGCUAGAGGAGGCAGUGGGGUCGUGCUGGCUCGUCUUCCGGAUGGAAAAUGGUCUGCGCCUUCAGCCAUUGGGAUAGCUGGGCUCGGCGGAGGGUUCGAAGUAGGAAUUGAGGUAUCAGAUUUGGUAAUAAUUUUGAAUUAUGACAGAGCAGUAGAAGCUUUUGCAAAAGGUGGUAACCUGACCCUUGGAGGGAAUUUUACUGUGGCAGUUGGGCCCCUGGGAAGGAAUUUAGAAGGAAACGUUGCCCUGAGAAGCUCUGCCGCUGUUUUUACAUACUGCAAAUCAAGAGGGCUCUUUGCUGGCGUAUCUUUAGAAGGCAGUUGUUUGAUUGAAAGGAAAGACACUAAUCGGAAAUUUUACUGUCGAGACAUCCGGGCCUACGACAUUUUAUUCGGAGAAACGGCGCGGCCGGCGCAAGCGGACGACCUCUAUGAGAUUCUGGAUUCCUUCGCCGCGAAGUACGAGCGCGACGGGCAGCGAGCCAACGCCAGGAGAGCCGCGCGGGAGCGGAGGAGGCCCGCGGCUGAAGACUUCCCUCCCAAGCCGCCGAGCCCCCGGCCGCCGCCCGCACGCGUCCCGCCGGGCGCUGGCUCCCCGGGUAACGGAAACAAGUCUAAGCUCUACCCUGAACUUUCCAGCUUUCAGGAGAGAGUUGGCCUGAACGAGCCCGUGGAGGUGACGGCGUUGUAUUCCUUCGAGGGACAACAGCCCGGGGACUUGAACUUUCAAGCCGGAGACAGAAUCACAGUUAUAUCAAAAACAGACUCACAGUUCGAUUGGUGGGAGGGAAAGCUUCGAGGUCAAACUGGCAUUUUUCCAGCCAACUAUGUUGCCGUGAAUUAAAGUUUAUAUUAUUUUCUU